AUGCCACCACACAAACGUUCAAUGGAUGGUUUCCAAGCUGAGGAUGUUGAAGUGAAGAAAAAGGCCACCGAAGAUUACGUCUCGAGACGAUUGGCUCUGGAUGAUCCGGCGCCAUUUAGUGAUAAGCCAGAAGCGAUCGCUGAACGUAAUCACGUUGAUUACACUAAAAAGAUCACAAUCGCUGAGACCACCAAGGAGUAUGUCUCGAGACGAUUGGCUUUGGAUGAUCCGGCGCCAUUUAGUGAUGAGCCAGAUGCGAUCGCUGAACGUAAUCACGUUGAUUACGAGAAGAACAUCACAAUCGCUAUGGCUAAGGCUAAUGAAGGUGAGGGUUUUUUUUUAAUUCAGAAAAAAAACAUUCUUGGUUAGAAAAAAAUGAUUUGAUGUAAAAUUGAGAAGAAAAUUAUUAAUUUUCAUUUAAAAAAUUUUAAAAACCAAUUUUGCAAUCCAAUUCCAAAGUCAAAAAUUGUAUAUUUCUUGCCACUAACUCUCAAAUCAAUAUUCAUUUUAUAGCUGGUCGCCCAGUUCGAAUUUACGCCGAUGGUAUUUAUGAUUUAUUCCAUCACGGUCAUGCCAAUCAACUUCGCCAAGCCAAAAAGAUGUUUCCGAAUGUUUACUUGAUUGUUGGAGGUAAUUUUUGAAACAUGAUUUUUUUGUUGGAAUAUUUAAAGACUAUUUUUUAUAGUGUUUGGCGCCGAAGACAUUUCGAAACAUUUGCAACAAGUUGUUAAUUCAGAAGAUGAACGUUUCGACGGAGUUCGUCAUUGUAGAUACGUCGAUGAAGUCUACCGAUGUGCUCCGUGGUUCUGCACGGUUGAGUUCUUGAAAGAGCUCAAGGUCGAUUUCAUUGCUUUGAAUAAUCAAUCAGUACACAUUGAUGAUUUUGAAGAAGUUCAUAAAGAGGAAAUUCAAAAGUUGGAAAGAGUAUUAAAACAACAACAACAAUAUGCUGAUGAUUCAAAAGCUGCCGAGGAGAAAAAGAAUGAGAAAUUAGUGAGUUGUGUCUAUAUUUUAGAAAUCGCUAAAAAUCUUUUUUUUUUUUCAAUUUUUCUCAAAACGAUUCCUUUCAAAAAUCAUCAAUUUUUGAAACGUAUACAGAAAAUGUUCCACUCUCUUUCAAACAAAGAAAUAAUUCCAUUUGAAAUUUUUUAAGAGCUGUUUUUUGGCGUUCAUGGAUAACCAAAUUAUUUUCAAAAAUAGAGAGAUAAUUGUGUGAACUUUCCUUUUUGUUAUGAAUCAACUAACUUACCGCAUCAAAGAAUUUUUUUUAAACAAUGAAAAAAAUUAUGAAAAUCUGGUCAUACAAACACUUCUUGCUAUAUAAGAAACAAUUUUCAGAUUGAAAUUGUCACAAUUGACACAAGCGAUGAUGAUGAGGAAGAAGAAGACGACGACGAAAACGACACCACAAUAGAAGAAGAAGAAUUGCCACCAACUACAGUGAAUGAAGAGAGUGGAAAACCACCCAGAAGAGCAUUGGUAAGUUAAAAACAAAUUUUUCUCAUAACAAUACUGAAAAUAUGUAUUUCAGUCUGCAAUGCAACCGAGACGAUCAAACAACUUCCAUCUCUAA